GGGACAUACACGUCAGUCCCAGUCUGGUGUGGGCUCUAAGGUUACAUUUAGGUAUGACUCAAGAACCUGGGCUGUAUUUGGUCAUUUCCCCUGUGCACUCUGCAAGGAGGUCAACCUGGGAAACCUGCAUACCUCUCGUGAAAAUGGCAGGGACAGGCGAUAGGAGUCUUUGGUGCAUUGAAGUCACAGAUGAACAAAAAAUGACAAUUCAGGCACUAUUUGCACACUCGGGAUGGGAGCUGAUCGAACAUCCAUACCCUACCCCUCAAGUGGAGGCAGCUCCACAGUCAACCAGGAAAAAACCACGCCGGGUAUCGCAGAAGGCACAAGCCGAUGAUAGCCAACUGCAGGAAAUUGAGGUAUUAGACACAGAAGUUCCCGAGUCAGCUGGAGGCCAGCACCAUACCACCACAUCACAAGGUCAGCCUGAGCCCCAGCCAACAACCUCCAGCCAUUCCGACACUGAGUGCCCCCAUUGUUUCUUUGACCCAUGUGUGACAUCAAGGCCACAGAAAUGGCUGGGGAAGGGAAACCCACCAGGCCGCGGAAACUCUGCGGUUCGAAAAACUCUCUACAAAAAGUUCUGGAAAGUGCUAAAUGACAGGCUGGCCUGGUAUGAUCCCAGAUAUAUAGACAAGAAGAAUAGAAUGUGGCAAGUAUACCUGGAUGGAUUGGAUGAAAACAACUGCUGGGUUCCUGGUAGACACAGUCCAGGAGAGCAGAGUGUCAGAGAAAUCAUGCCUGACUGUGUCUUACACCAGGUUCGCCAGCUGUACCCAAAUUUGCCAAAGGUUCCAUACAUGGACCACAAAUUCUUCUAAAAUCAUAACCGUAUCUUUAUACAAAUAGAUCCAAACUUACUUGCAGUGUUUUGCUCUUUUUGUCUAUAUAUAUAUAUAGAGAGAAAAAAAAAUGAUGUAUUUUUCCCUAACAUUUUUCACAUCAUUGUUCUUAGACAGAAUGCUAAAAAUAUAAGGUUAGCAAAUGCUUGCCCUCAUACCCCAAUAUUGUGUGAUGUACCAAUUGCAGCUCAUAUUUAUGCUGUAGUUUUGUGCUUAUAUUUAUUAUAUUGUUGAGUCUUUCUUGCUUUCAUAAACCUGUUAUUUCUAUGCUGAUCUAAUGGCAAAUACUGGUGUAUAGCUCCUCUUUGUACAUCCACAUUCUCUGUUAGCCUGUGAUCAGUGAUAGAUAAAUGUGAUGUCUGAAUGAGGAAUCAAAGUAGCUUAUCCUAACUUUGUUGUAUUUCAUUCAAGACCUGUAUUUGGUAUAUAUUUGAAAUCUACAAUGUAUGAAGUACAUGUAUAAUUGGAAAUAAUGACCAACGCAAUUCUGUUCAGCUCUACAGUUAAUCAUGAAGUGCAUGUGCACUAUCUGAGUGUAUUUGCCUGUCUCUGUGAUUUUUAUUCUCUCAGAAUAGCCAAUGACAUUCUCCAGUCUGGAGAAAGAUAAUAGUUUUUCAUUAGACCAUUGAAGAUUCUACAGUAGUUGUGGUUAUGGAUCACAUCAGAAUAAAACCCUGCACAGUAUAACAGACAGGACCAUGUCUGUACAAUGCAAAAGUUAUAUACAUUUACUAAGCAUUGUAGGGAUAUCUUGAAUUGAUGUAGAUUUUGUUGAAUACUGUUGUAUUUGUUAUUUGUUUGGCUCUGUAUAUAAAAAAAGGUGUCAAGGUCAUUGAGUGUGGUGGACUAUUUUUUACCUGGGGACAGCAAUACAAAAGUCAUAACUAGAACUUUUACCACCUACAAUGCUACAUCAUCCUACAUGGAAAGAUACAGAAAUAGGACUUUUUGUCUGAUAUUGCAAAAGAAUAGUGUGAAAAAGAUUUACUCAUGUAACAGUAAGAGAGAGAACUUCAACACUGUCAGACUGACUCAGUUUCAGAGAUUUGACAUCUAGCUCUCACAAACUGCCCUGUGUCUUAUUCUAGGACACAGGGCAGCUUGGGAGAUCCAGAUGUCAAAUCCUGCAGGGAAGGAGUAAUUAACACAGCUCAAUGGCUGUGCCCGAUUUUCUGCUCCAGGCAGGAGCACCUCCCCAAGGGCAGGGUGGUGUAGCCGAAACAUGCGCUCCGGACAAGCGCCAGAUGCGGGU